CAUUUCGCUAUUUCACCACCUCACCACUUCACCACCUUACUGGCGUCUCACAGACAUCUGCUGCCUUGUGUCUGGCCGUCCUACCGACUCCGUCUGGUGCCUCGCUCUGUUUGAGGCGGAGAUUCGCCUGGGAUCUCACCCGCCACUGUACCAUUGUAUUGUCCCAUCGUACAGAUCGACUGGUCUUGUCCACCUGGGAGGCAAAUAUCUCACCCAGCCUCCCUGAACCUCCUCUCCUCCAGGCUUCGCCUCUAGUAUGUAUUAUUAUUGUUAUAAAAACAUUAUCCCUACACCAGUGCUUUUACUGAACGAGUUCGCUGCCAAACACUCCCGUAUCCUCCUUGCUCAGCCGCAAGAUAGCUCUAUUUCGCAUCCCGCUUGUUUUAAAGUGACCUCCAGAUGAUCAGUUGAGCAUUUCCAUCCUGGAGAUACGUCACCAUCGAAACCAUUUUCAUCUCCCGCUUUUUUUCCCCUACGAAACCGUGGAUCAACAACUGAGCAUCGAAAUUCCCACUACAGCGACGCGAGUGGCGUUGACAAGACCCUUUGUGGAGAGUAGUUUCUUGUUCUUCCUUUCCACGCUUUUCCGGCCGCCGUAACCUGUGGCCGAUCGCACUCGUUGAAAAGAACUUCCUGCCAGUCGUAACCAGAAGUUUGACCUUGAGGAUAACCCACAGAUACGGCGGCUGGCAUACCUCCCUGCUUCCUGGCUUUCUCCUACCACUAAUUUUCCGUGUUCUGCCUGUGACACCUAAACGCGCGUUGCCCACGUACGAUGGGUCAGCAACAAUCGAAACGCAGUGAUGGUGCACCUUUAUCUGUAGAGAAGCCCGGCGAAAGUCUCCAAUCUUACCCUUCUUUCUCUCGGACGGACACUCGCGAUUCGGGUCGUUCCAUCCGUGGCUCCAUCCGCUCCAAAAUCCCCGGUGGAAAAAACGAUAAGAACGAUAGCCCCCGAGGCUCAAUCUCCACCCUAUCGCGUGCUGAGAACGGUUCACCGGACAAAUCAGAUGCAGGCUCCAUCAAAUCCGCAACAAGUGCGAAGUCCGCUAAUUCCCGAGCUAAUCGUAUCUCCGCAGUCUCCUCUACAAUCCCUCCCACGCCCACAACAGCGGAUGACCAGCGUUCCUAUGUGGAUGCUCCAGACCCUCCUCCAUCACCUUCCCAGUCCGCUUCCCUAGGCCACGGCCAUAAAAACAUCAAUGAAGUACGCAGAUCUGGCGAGGUUGGCCAUGUUUCCGACACUCCCCCUUCCCGUCCAACCCCAUCCUCCAUUCAUGUGAAGCCUGGAGAAUCUAUCCUCAUAAAGAGAGAAGGAGCUAUAAAUCCUGUUCUGCAAGACGUCGCGGUUACAAGCCAGUCAAUCACAAAUGGUUCGCCUGGAAUGGGAAUUGGUGCUCUGAAAUCGAUUGAUGUCGAUGACAUGAUUACAAGGCUUCUUGACGCAGGAUAUUCAACGAAGGUCACCAAGGCUGUCUGUUUGAAAAAUGCUGAAAUAAUCGCUAUCUGCAUGGCAGCUCGUGAAGUGCUCCUUAGCCAGCCAGCUUUACUUGAACUUUCGGCGCCUGUGAAGAUUGUGGGAGAUGUCCAUGGUCAAUAUACCGACUUAAUUCGGUUGUUUGAAAUGUGUGGCUUUCCCCCAGCCGCUAAUUACCUCUUUCUCGGCGACUAUGUCGACCGCGGCAAACAGAGUUUGGAGACAAUCCUACUCCUGUUGUGUUACAAAUUGAAAUAUCCCGAAAACUUCUUUCUACUCCGGGGAAACCACGAGUGCGCCAAUGUGACUCGAGUCUACGGGUUUUACGACGAGUGCAAGCGCAGAUGUAAUAUCAAAAUCUGGAAAACGUUCGUCGAUACGUUUAACUGCUUGCCAAUUGCCUCCAUUGUCGCUGGCAAGAUCUUUUGCGUUCAUGGUGGGCUCUCACCAAGCUUGGCCCAUAUGGAUGACAUCCGUGGAAUUGCCCGCCCAACAGACGUUCCCGAUUAUGGAUUACUUAACGAUCUUCUUUGGAGUGAUCCCGCUGAUAUGGACAAUGAUUGGGAACCCAACGAGAGAGGCGUGAGUUAUUGCUUCGGGAAGAAAGUCAUCAUGGAUUUUCUACAACGCCAUGACUUUGAUCUUGUGUGCCGCGCGCAUAUGGUUGUCGAGGAUGGCUAUGAGUUCUUCAACGAUCGGAUCCUAGUAACCGUGUUCUCUGCUCCAAAUUAUUGCGGCGAAUUCGAUAACUGGGGCGCAAUUAUGUCGGUUUCUGCUGAAUUACUUUGCAGCUUCGAGCUGUUGAAGCCUCUCGAUUCGAGCGCCUUGAAGAGCCACAUUAAGAAAGGCAGAAACAAGCGGAACAGCAUGUUGAAUAGUCCUAACGAAGACAGAGCCAACCUCAGCCCUUUGUCACCUAUGACGUUCCAGUACUUCCGCACGCGGCUCCGCCGCUUUAAUCCCGCCCUAACAUCGACACCAAUGAUUCUUACCCCGAAAACUGUUGUCAACCAGUCCACUUCGCUUCCGAAAUUCCCGACUCUGGUCGCCGAUCCCACUGACAUUGACGAGCAACGUGGAGUCGUGUGUGAUUCCGAAGUAAGGCGUGUGACUCCCUUCGACAUUUUUCGUGUUGGAGAUGGCCAGGAAGAUGACUUCGGCCGGGCCGACGGUGACUCGGCCGCUGCUAAGCGCCAAUGGAUACUAAGCGCGGAAUCUAUUUCUCUUGACGCUUAG